GCCCUUGACUCGUCGCUACCGGAAGUGCUUCUUCGCUACUUGGUCCGUGUGACCAGAGUCAAUAUUAACAGCACGUAAUACGAAAAGCUGAAAGACUCGCGCAGCCCAGCCAGGAGACGCCAAAUUGUCGUGGAACUUGGACAAUACUCGCAGACUCGUCCUCCGAAGAUGGCUGCUCGGCUGCUCGUGAGGAGAACCUGGGCCGUCUCUGUGAAAGGCUUCCGUCGCCUGCCCGCUGCCGCUGCCGCCGCCGCCUCGUCCUCGUCACGCUCCUCCUCCCUGAACACCUCGGCCCACACACGCUCCUUCCUGUCUCCUUCUCGCUCCCUCCCUCUGUCCUCACACAGGUGCAUCUCCUUCAACGUGCAGGACCACGACGACUUCACUGAGAGAGUCAUCAACAGCGAUCUGCCCGUGCUCGUGGACUUCCACGCGCAAUGGUGUGGUCCCUGUAAGAUCCUGGGCCCCAGGCUGGAGAAGGCCAUUGGUAAGCAGAAGGGUCGUGUUGCCAUGGCCAAAGUGGACAUUGAUGAACACACAGACCUCGCUAUAGAAUAUGGGGUGUCGGCUGUUCCCACGGUGAUAGCCAUGAGAGAUGGCAACAUCAUCGACCAGUUCGUAGGGAUUAAAGACGAAGACCAGCUGGAUUCAUUUGUCAACAAGCUUAUUGGACAAUGAACCUGUCAGUCAAAGCCUCAAGCCCAACCCUCUUUACACUUUAGUUUACAGCUCUGGAAAGCCACAUUCAUAUAUAUAUACACACACACACACACACACACACACACACACACACACACAAGGCUAAUCCACAAUUUGCCUGGUGGCAACCAUCACAUUGCAUCCUUUAGAUGUUUUUGUAUAUGAGUGUGUGUGUGUGUGUGUGUGCGUGUCCAUUCAUUUUUUUUAUUCUUCACCGACCCUUGCUGCUGAAAAUAGCGGACCGUCACAGAUUUUGUUAAAGGGAAAUGUUCAUUUUUAGAGCUUGAAACGAUCACAGCCACUUCAGUUCUCCUUGCAGUUCCUGCUGUCGUCCACCAGAGGGCGUGUUUCCUCUCUAAUCCAAGGCCACAUGACGAUGUGGCUCUAUUUAUCUCGCACUUAUCUCAGAGAUCCGGGAUAAGGUCAUGUCUGUCUAAUCCUGACGAAUGCAGUUACAUAUGAAGACGAUAGUGCUGAUCCCAGAUCACUGUUCUCACUCUGACAAGGGAAAAUUUAAAAAAACCAAUAAACAAAUCUGAGCCUGUGUAUGUAUGAGAAAGCGUGUGUCCUGAUUUUGUCAGUUUUGACAAAAGAGUUCUGAUGUUUGUGGAUUUCUAUUUUAACUCCAUAAACUGUGUGGGGUAUGACCGGCGAAAACAGAUUCAGAAAUAAAGCACAUUUAUGAUGUUCUA